AUCUUCAACAAAAAGCCCCCAUGUCGGAUGGUAAUGUUGCCAUUUUACAGUGCAGUCUUUGAGAGUUAAGUAUCUGACCACAGAGACUGAUUUCUUUUCCACCAAGUUCUUUUCCUUAUUUAGGAAGGACUGUUCCCUUCCCAGAGAACUUUCUCACAACUCCCUGGGUGGGACACAUUCUUUUCUUCCUGCUCCUUCCAACAGCCAUUUGGAAUAUUAGGAGGGUUCCUUAAAACCUGUUAAGGGUAAGAUGGCAUUUAUACUCCUGUACCUCAAGGUCACUUUUGUCCUUGGGUAGUUCAGCAUCCAUCUUCCCUUCAUUGCCUGGGAGAAGCACAUAUUCCCUUUUUAUGCUCUCAUAGUGUUAAAGUUGGAAGGAGCCUUAGAGAUACUUAGUACAACCCAUUAUUUUUCUGGUGCAAGCCAGAGGCCCAGUGUACCUAAACCUCUUGUCCAACUCUACACAUAACACAGGUUAUUGGCAGGGUUUGGUCCUCUCUGCCCUGCUUACCUUCCCUCAAUGUUGUUAUCUCUCCAAAUCUCCAGCCCCACUUUUUCCUUUUACCAUAUGAUUUCCCCCUCAAUGUGUUCUAUUUUCUCCGCUGUGUGUGUGUGUGUGUGUGUGUGUGUGUGUGUGUGUGUGUCACAGUGUAUUUUUUUUUUAAUUAAAAAAAUUUUUUUUAUGUUUAUUUUUGAGAGCGAGAGAGAGCACAAGUGGGAGAGGGACAGAGCACGAGUGGGAGAGGAGCAGAGAGAGAGGGAGACACAGAAUCCAAAAUAGGCUCCAGACUCUGAGCUGUCAGCACAGAACCCGAUGCGGGGCUGAAACCCAUGAACUGUGAGAUCAUGACCAGAGCCGAAGUCGGACGCUCAACUGACUGAGCCACCCAGGGGAGCGUGGACAUUCUAAGGCUGACUCUACAGAGUGAACUGACAGGAGAUGAACUUGAACACAUAGCCGAGAAGGCGGGUAGGAGGACUUUUGCCAUGGUGUCUGGCCGCUCAACCAGCCAUUCGUUGGCCUCAGAACUGGUGAAGUCCAAUGAUGGACACGAGGAGAUCAUUAAGGUGUACCUGAAGGGGAGGGCUGGAGAUAAGAUGAUCCACGAGAAAAACAUCAACCAGCUGAAGAGUGAGGUGCAGUAUAUCCAGGAGGCCCGGAACUGCCUACAGAAGCUGCGGGAGGACAUAAGUAGCAAGCUUGACAGAGAUCCAGGAGACUCUCUCCAAGGACAGGAGAUACAGGUGGUGCUGGAAAAGCCAAACGGAUUAAAUCCAAGCCCCACAACACUGUAUAGCAGCCCACCUGAGGUAAGUAAGGCAGACACCUAUAUAAAUGAAGAUGUCGAGAGCCUGAGGAAGACCGUGCGGGACCUGCUUGUCAAGCUGCAGGAGGCCGAGCGGCAGCACCAGUCAGACCGUGUGGCUUUUGAGGUCACACUCAGCCAAUGCCAGAGAGAAGCAGAACAGAGUCGAGUGGCCCUUCAGAGAGCAGAGGACAGAGUGCAGCAGAAGGAGGCAGAGGUUGGAGAGCUCCAGAAGCGCUUGCUGGGCGUGCAGGAGGAGCAUCAGGCCUUACUGGUGAAGGUUAGGGAGGGGGAGACGGCCUUGGAGGAACUGCAGAUCAAGAACACUGACUGCCAAACAGAACGAGAAAACUUCCUGGUCUUGAUCCCCAGGGCGGCUAACCUGGAAAAGGAAGUGGCCGGCUUGCGGGAGAAGAUCCACCACUUAGAUGAUAUGCUCAAGAGCCAGCAGCGGAAAGUCCGGCAGAUGAUAGAGCAGCUCCAGAAUUCAAAAGCUGUGGUCCAGUCAAAGGACAGCACCAUCCAGGAGCUCAAGGAGAAAAUCGCCUACCUGGAAGCAGAGAAUUUAGAGAUGCAUGACCGGAUGGAACACCUGAUAGAAAAACAGGUCAGUCAUGGCAACUUCAGCACCCAGACCUGGGCCAAGACGGAGAGCCUGGGCAGCAUGAGGAUAUCCAAGCCCCCCAGCCCUAAUAAGCCCAUGCCUCUUAUCCGAGUGGUGGAAACAUGAGCGGAUGGAGCCAGAUGCCGCUGUUGCUGCUGCCUCUUGCCUGCGGAGAAGCCUACCACCCCUGUAGGCCGUUAGCCCCAACUUUGACUUCCUGACUGAUCCCUGGCUGCACUCGAGGCUUGGGGUUCAUGUGUCCCACUGUUUCUAAACCCCUGACCCCUGGAUGCUGGGUGGACAGAGGACGAGCACCUCCUGGGGACACUGCAGCCCUUUGGAGGAUGCUCUCCUGCCGGCAAGGGCCAGGGCAGUAUCCUUAUCCCUGUAGUAUUAUUUCUCUGUAGCAGAACCUCCCUUCUCUUGUAGACUGGAGUUCAGCUGCCCCAGAGUCAGGGGAGGUGACAAGAUUUGCCUCAGCCCUACAAGCUGGAGGCACAGAUGUCCACAGCGAUUGGAGGGUGUCCUGGGGGAAUGAAGUUCCCUCUGCAAACACAGAUCCAUUCUUAGCAACACAUUGCUUGUUUUUCUACUUGUUCCACUGCUGACCCGGGCCUCCUACAGAUAGACACAGGUGACCUGUCAAGGCCUGGGCAGAGUCAGUGAGCCUCAGCUUUGGCCAGCCUUGUCUUCCUGGGAGAAGAAAAUGUACAUUCCGGGAAUAACUUUUAGUGUAAAGAUUCUGUAGGGCCACAGAUAGUUGCAAGUGACUUCUGUCUGCUGGGAAGGUUCCCAGCAUGUCUUAGGGUUUUCCCCUAAGACGCAGUGCCAGGUAGACCUCAGUCUUCUUGACUCAGGAGCCUAAAAACUGUUUUCACUGGGUUACAUCAAUCUCAGCGAAACUCUUGUUGUAUUUAUUUUGCUAAGUUAUUGGUGUUUUUCCUUUACAUCUCACAGUUGAUUUAAUACCAGAGUUUUACAGCCUUCUCUUGCGGUGUUUGGAUUUGUUCCACGCUGGGGAAAAAAUGUGUUCCCGCUGGACUUGUUAAUUUCAGAAUUAAAUCUUUUCCUCUUUUUCUUCUACCUGCUUCUUUCCCUUCUUCCUGGAAACAUGAUUUGAACCUCAGAAAGGCAAGCAAAUUUGCCCUGAGGCGUUGGAGUCUUAGUGUACGCCGUUUGGGAGAAAGGGUGAUCCGAACUCUUUGGGGAAGGGAUUAAAUUCUUCCCCUAAACCCUCUGCACCCUCUGCUCCACAAUUGGUCGGUUUUCCUGGCUCUGAAUGACCCUGACCCUCACCAAAUUUUAAGGCUCUUCCUGCAGCCUCAAGAAGGAGAUAAGUAUCAGGAUGUGGUACUAUAGGGCACAGAAACAUUAAAGAUAAACAUGGAUCAAGUCUUGGGGUUCUAGCUGGCUCAAAGCCAGAAGGCUGAACUUGUGUGUGUUUCUGUGUAUCAGGACUGGGCUGGUGUACCAGCGCCGUCCAGGUGUUAUGCGUUCACUUUCCUCAUUUGUAAAACCAGGGGGGCUCAGAUCAGAUGGACUCCAAGGGCCCUUCCAGUUCUGAUGUUUUUUUUUCCUGUGGCAUAUUCUUUGUAUGGCGAAUUGAAUAAAAUAUGUUAAUGUGUCUCUUU